UCUACCAACAUGGCAGACAAGUUACCCUCAGGGGUCAACACAGAGCGGGGAGAAGGAGAAAGUCCAGAGAAGCGGAAACUGGCUGAUGAUGACAGUGAGACAGCGCCACCUGUGAAGAAAAAGUUCUCCAUGGGUUUCAGUUCGAAACUCGCUGAUUCCAAGAAGAGUCCAGUAAUCCAGAUUUCUCCAAAACCAGCACCUGCACCUAUCAAGAUGUCCCUCUCAACACAGAAACCCAAAGACUGCCCAGCUACAAGUGUACUGCAGAAGAAUGCUAAAGUAGCUGCUAUAUUUAAUCCAGAUGAUGAGAGUGAUGAAGAAGAAAUGCCACCCGAGGCUAAGAUGAGGAUGAGAAACAUAGGAAGAGACACACCAACUGCUGCAGGUCCUAACUCAUUUGGUAAAAACCGACUCGGAUUUUGUGAUCGUCAGAAAAUCAUGGAACGAGAAUUGAAGGCAAAGAUGGAUAACCUGGGAGAGAAAAAGUGAACUCUAUGAGAUACAAUUGUGAUAAAACUGCCAUGGAAAGUGGUAGCUUCCACAGACCGGAAUGCCAUUUUCUUUCCAACAUGAAUAGGCUGAAGGUGAUCGCAUCCAGCUGCUGGCUACAUGCUCUUUGUGUUAUGUUUAUCAAUGUACAGCUUUAGUGGCAUUGCCGAGAGCAUAGAGACUUGGCAUAUGUGAGCAUGGUACGAGUUGAACAGGACACGGAGGAGCUGUUGGAUUCAGUCUGAGACUUCAGUCAGCUGCCAACCACAGAAUCAGUCAGGCUUUCAAAUGAAACUGAUGGUGGUUGUAAUGUGAUGUGAUGAUGAUGCAAAAGCAUCUUGCCUGGGGACAGAUAACUUAUUAAGCACAUUCAUUGUACUUCAGAGUUUCAAACAUUUUUCAUGUUAUAUUCAUACUGUUCUGGGCCCUGUUCCACAAAGCGAUCUUAGCGCUAAGAUGAUCGUAACUCCCAUACUUUAACACAGGCCUACGGUAGUCGUAGGCCUAAGAUUGCUUUGUGGCAUGGGGCCCUGGCGUUUAAAGAUGCAGUUCACAGAGAAUGCAUCACACUUUCAAAAUCUCAGACUGAUGGAGUGGUGGUAUUUUGUUAUUUCUCAAACAAUUGUAGGUGGAAGUAUUUUUGUGAAAAAAUAUGUGGGCCCAUCUUGAGGUUUUACAGAAUUUAGGCUAAGUAUACUACUCCACUUUUGAUAGGGAUAUUUUUUUAUCUUUCCACGAUACACAAAACUGAUUCUCAUUGUAUGUCAAGUGUAUAUUUAAAUAGAAUGAUGUAUCUGAUUUUCCCUAUCAAACGUUGAGUAGGAUGAAAUAAGGUGGUGUACCAGUCACUGUAGUAUCAGGAGCUCCUGUGGUAGUUGAAAACUUCUUAUAGUUGCUAACAAAAUAAAUUUUUCAAAAAACAUAAUAAAGGUGAACUUAUCAAGUACAGACAAGACUGAUAGUUUUGUUAUCACAUGACAGAUAGUCUACUUGCCUGAGAAAAGUUGUUUUCACCUUGAUCAACUGGUAGUUCUGUUUUAUGAGUUAGUCUGAAUGAAUUGUGUCUAGUUUGAUAUGACAUAAAGUGUCUACACCUGUUUGAUACUUAAUAAUAGUUGGGUAAUAACUGCUAAAUUUAUUUUAAAAAUCAUGAAUUCUCAUGAUUCAUAUAAUUUUAAUGUGGAUUAUAAAACGUAUGUUUUACAUUAAAGGAUCAUUUGCAGUGUUCAAAAUUUAAGGAUGAAAAUCAAUGGGCCCUUGCAAUAAAGGUCAAAAGUUAUAUCUUUAGCCUGUUUAGGGGUCCCUAGAUUCAAAUAGUAAUUAAGUAUAUCCGCAAGUCUCAAGGGACCCAAGGUCGCCUUUAAUUUUGAACACCGAUUGAGAUAUUUUGGGGGUUAUCAUGGCUUAUCAUAUGGUUUUAUGGACUUAGAAGACAUUUGUUUUCGGAAUCGCAUGUGUUAUUGAGUAUUCGAUACCCGGAAAUUUCAUUUGGAACCAACACCGUUGUUUAUCGACCUUGUAACAUACAAAAGCUCUCAGAAAUUUUUCGAAGCAAUCUCAUUCUACAUGAAUUCUUGCAGUUGUGAAACAGACGUGACGUCACUCUGGAAUACUUUGCUGUUACCCUGGAAUGUAAUGAUGUCAUGAUACAAUAGAUUACGUCACAAUCAUGUUUCCGUAGUGACAAACUUGCCUGGCUAGCAGACUUUGGAAAGAAACAACUAAAUUAAAGUUAAUUAGAUAGAUAUUGAUCAAACAUAAUAUUUAAUUAACAUGGUGUCCAUUUUGCCAAGAUGAAUGGCACAUUUUUCAAAUUUGGGAUUGAGGAGAAAAAAGAUACUUAAAAAAAGAAAAAUAUUCUUAUACAGUCAAAAAUCCAAAAGAUUUCUGGGAUCAACAAUGUUUUUCAACCAAUCAGAUUGCACCACACACAAAUGUUUCAUGCAGCUUUGUCAUAAUUUAUUAGGUUCAGGUGUUUUAGUUCCUGCUUGUCCUACAGUUAAGUAUUCAUUAUUUGUCGUCCAAUAUUAUGUGAAAUCACAGAAUGGUUGCAAAGUAAGAUUGGUUCUAAAAAUAUAUAUAGACACAAAAUGACAGUCAUGACAUUUGAUAUGGAUAUCAAUUGCACUUGCGAAGUAUUGCAUUAGUUUUGUAACGUAUGAGCAGUUGUGCUUUGUAAUUAAUACUUAAAUAAACAGGCUAUUUGAUA